AUGCUCUGGCUAAGUCAAACAAUUUUAAAACAGUUUCUUCCGUCAGAUGCGGCGACGAUUUUGUCUCCAUCGAUGGAGAGGGUGGUCGGAAUCGGCAACAGCGGCAUAUUUAUUACAGUAACUGUGGUGCUGAUUCUAUGGGUGACAAAGUUUUGGCUGAGAAAGCUACGAUUAUGGUGUCCGUUUCACAAAUCAGGAAAGCAUAGAUCCCCAGGAGAAAUAUCGGUAGACGACGAUCUGGAAGCCGGCCCUGCACGACAAUUAGUGGCGCCAUACUCUGCAUCGCCGUCGAAAUAUGCAAAAGGAAGACUUCCUCGAAUGGCGAAGUCUGGUAAAUACGUCCGCGGUGGUGUGAUAGGAGGACUUUCAAUGGCCCUCUACGCAAAGGCCGCUGCUUCCGAGAAACGCUCAUCAGUCACAAUUCAAGAAUUGCCGGAAGAUCAGCCGCCAAAAAGAAUGCCCAGACGAUCGUCGCCGCGCAAGUUGAGCAUGCUGCGCGAAAAAGCAGCACCAGCGCGACCACCGAAUCCGCCGAAAUCUUGGGUCGAUGCCAGUUCUGGACGCGCGCCAGAACAGCAAGAUAACUGCAACAGCGGAUCAUCAUGCAUAUGA